AUGGCGUCAAACAACAACAACAAUUCUCGUCAUGGUGGAUUCCAGCCAAGCCAACGAGGCCGUGGCCAAGGAGGUCGUGGUCGAGGUCGAGGCAGAGGCGGAAUAUAUCCCCAAGGAGCAGACAGAUCCAACGGACAGCAAGCAAACUUCAAUACGAACACAGACUUUCCUGGCUUGGGAUCUAAUGUAGUUCAGAGUGCAAACGUAAGUAUAGUAGCUGCCUCGUCCCCCUUGUUGUAGGCCCACAGUGCUGACGCAGCCCUCGUAUAGGCUCCCUCGAACUUCUCUCUACCGACUCAACCCGGAACUGUAGCUGGUCCUCUUGCAGUCGCUCCCCAAGCACAAAAUGAUCCUUCCAAUCGUGGCUCUAAGUUCUCGGCUUGGAGACGAGGAAAAAGCAACAACGGUGGCAGUGACCGUGUAAGUAACCUUCAAGGAUACCUUGGGAGACAUAAGCUAAUAACAUAUGAAAAGUCUGGAAAUAAUGGACGCAACUCAGGCGUACCUCGAGGAAUGAACCAAGGAGGCAGCGAUUUUGAUAAUGUUUUGUAUCAAAUCCAGAAUAAGAUGAAUUUCAUCAAGGUGUCUGAGGCGAACAAGCCUGCUCGGUAACUAAACACUCCUAACAUGGUGACAUUUAAAAAUACGCACAAUACUCGCAGACCUCACGGCCGCUUACCACCUUCCACAAGUUCUCCGAGUUACCCGCAGAAAUACGAGUCCAGAUCUGGACAGAGGUCAUGUCAUGGCCUCACAUUAUCGAGAUCGAAUAUGGACCGAUUGUCAGAAACAACGAGAACAUGCUCGACACAAAUUGCUUCGGAAAGCAUACAAUCCGUCGAGUCUGUCCCAACUCUCGCAAGCCACCAGCUAUCCUCCACGUAAACCAGGAGGCUCGGGGUGAGGCUUUGAAAGUCUACCAGCUGCGUACACUUGACACCAGAAGUCCUGGCCACGCAGAAAAGGAGAUUUACUUCAAUCCCAAAGUAGACAUUGUUUACCUUGGAGAGGAGGCCUGCCGUAGUACAUUGCUUUGCAUCGAUAUGGAUGUACAAAGACUUGCGAUGCGUUCAUCUGGAAGGUUUACCCAAUGCUGCGACAAUGAUAACGAGACAUAUGGCAUCGUUGGUAGUAUUUCUCCAAUGCAGGGCCUCCAUGGCUUCUACCGCAUUGAGGCGGCACGAGGGUCCAGAGCAAUCCGAGAGGCAGAAGCUCGUGCUACUGGUCGUCCUUUGGAACUCGUUCGGGACGAUCAGUGGAACUUCAACACCAAAGCGAUUGCCGAAAAUCCAUACUCCAAUGACGACAUCUUCCCAGGACUGCCUGGCUUGCGGGAUGUUUUCAUGGUCGUUCAAAGCAAUCUCUGCAAACCAGAGCCUGGACAAGUUGGCCUGGAGCAUACCUUCCGCCCCGCCACCACUAAUGGGUUGACAAAUGGUCAACAUAGAUACAAGGCACACAUCCAACGCGACAUCGAUAGAGUAAUGAACGAUACCGCGUUGGAAGGAGUUGGCAAGAACAAGUGGCUUGGCGAUAACAAACCAGCUUUCCACUGGGUCAGUCUCAGCGAUGCGCCGGCCGUCGAGGGCAGACAAUACCAAGAUGGGCUAGGCGUCGAUGAGAAGGCAUACGGAUUCAUGCGCUGGGGAGAAGAAUAUUAUAAGAAAGGCAUCAAGUGCGAGAAGCGCGAGGAGUGGUCCAAUCGUCGGCGAGUACAAAACGCCAAUGGCUGCUCCGUCUUUAUGCCUGGAAGACAUUCCCUGGAGAGAAUCCAAGAGAAAUCGGCUUCAAGGGAAGCAAGAAGGCAGUUGCGGCCGCCAAAAAGAUGGUGAUUGAGAUGCUUGAGUCUAUCGGAGAGCAUAUCAUCACAGUUUACGGUGCUGAUCCGUAA